ACCCCAGCACUGGUAUUGCCUGGGAGGGGGCUGUGCCCUGCAGGGGAUGGCAGCUUGGGGGGGGUUACCCCGUGUUAAUGGGGUGAUUCCCCCCCACACCCCAGCACUGGUAUUGCCUGGGAGGGGGCUGUGCCCCGCAGGGGAUGGCAGCUGCAGGGGUUACCCCGUGUUAAUGGGGUGAUUCCCCCCCACACCCCAGCACUGGUAUUUCCUGGGUGGGGGCUGUGCCCUGCAGGGGAUGGCAGUAUGUGGGGGGCAGGGGUUCCCAUGUGUCAGACGAACUGCUGAGAGCACUGACCCUGCCUAUGGUCUGUCCCGUAGCUCUGCCUUGGUUAAUCAGGGCGCAAAGCUCGCUGAGCAUGAAAUGACAGUAAUAACUAUCUCUGAUAAUAUGUUUGUCCACUGUGUAUCUCAAAGCUGUUCACAAGGUAAACAGCAUUACCUCCAUUGUGCCAUAGGGCAAACUGAGGCACAGAAGGGACUAGCCCAAGGCCUCACUGGGAGUCAGUGGCAGAGCUGAGGAAAAGCUACUGCUCCCCUACUUCCCAGUGGUUUCAUUUACAAUGGAAGAAGCUGUUUUUAUAUGUUAAAUGGUGUUUUUGCAUGGGAAUAAAAUUGAUCCUGAUUCAUAAGGGGAGGAUUCUCACUGUGCAGGGCAGAGUUGCAGAGACCUGUGGAGAAGUGCAAUUACAGAUUGGAAAUUUUGGAAAUUCCCUUGGAAAUUUUUUGUUAGUAGAAUAAAUUAUUUCCUGAAGAAAACUAACCUGUGUAAAGGCUAACUGAGCCAUUGGAUUUCAGAAAGACUGAGAGCUCUAUUGAAGGCUGUUUUCAGGUUUUAAAAUGUUCUGUUGCUUAGUGGGGAGAGACUCUCUACUUAUCUGUGAAAUAUUGUAUAGGUAUGAUGUGAAUUUUUCCUAGCCUCUUGCUCAAACUAUGAAGUAACUUACCCCUAUGCUCUGAAAAUAACUUAUCACUGUUACAUUCUGAAAAUGCAUUUUCAGAAUGUAUUAGUUGCUAAGACACAUGAUUAACAGCCUUUUAGAAAAUUAACCUAAAAUAGAAUGCUAUGUGCUGAAUCUUGAAUGACAGGGUAACAUGGAUUUGAUUUAGCAGUAAGACAAAUAAGGGCUAAUACUUUGUCUAUGCAGCCAUGCAGACCUGACUUGGAUUCCCUUGUAGCUCGUUCUUUGAGACAGUAAGGUUUUGGAGAGCUGCAGCUUUGGUGCCCUCAGCCUGUGGGGAGAUAGUACCUCAUGUAAUCUUACACUACUCAUGUAACUUGUUUAAAUAUCCUUAAUUUUAAAAGGCUUCUCUAUUCUGUUUGUAAACUGCUAAUAUCAGUCUCUAGGCAUUGGAAGGCAUAACUGACAACUUCCCAGCUGCAUGUUGGGCAUUAGCAGGUGGUUCAGAAAUGCCAAACUAAAUUGAAGAGACAAGGUGGGAGAGUUAAUUUUUUUUUUCUUUGACCAACUUCUGUUGUUCUUCAGAAGAAGAAAACUUCAGAAGAAGUUGGUGCAAUAAAAGAUAUUACCUCACUAAUCUUGUCUCUCUAAUAUCGUCCGACACAGCUACACUCCACUGCAUAAACUAAAUUAAAUGUUGUCAAAUCAAUGUAAAGUUGGUAUGUGUGGAGAAGUACUACUUACCAUGUUAAUCGGUGUGCUUUGAUGAGCAAAUUGGGGCAUCUUCAUUUUAAUCUAAAAAUUCCAUUUACUUGAGUAAUACAUUUAUCCAUGGGGCAUGCCUACAAGGAUCACACUUCAAAGAAGAUACUAGAUUAUUUUUCAGAGCCCCUGUAUAUAUAAUUAUUGUUUUAUUUUUUUAAUAAUCUUAAUUGCUUGUACAGUUGAACAAUAAAAAUCCUUUGGCUCUUAGCAACCUUUUAUCUCUAAGUGAGAAAUGGCCAAACCAAGAUACUGAUUCUUCAAGGCCUUACACAUAGGAGUAAUCCUUACUCAGACAAGUAGUAAGAAUUGCUCAAGUUUUGAAGUCGAUGGGGUGUCCGUUUGCAGUGAGGAUUAUGCAUAUGAGUAAGAUAUAGCAGGAUCUAGCCUUUUUCGAGCAUAUGAUAAUAGAUUCCAUGUCUUUAUAAAUACAUGCCACUCACUGCCUGUGGCGAGUUUGAGAGAGCCCACCAGUGUUGGUGCAAAUGACAGAGGCUGAUGAUGGAGACUGGAAACCAUAUUAAUUUUAUAUUAAUUUUUCUUCUUUCUAUGCAGUAUAUUAUCUCUAAUCCUACAUUAAGACCAAAGAGACAAAUAAAUAGACAAAACUUAACAAUAAAGGCCAAGUUUUGCCAACCUUCUACUGAAUAGUACUGCCAUUUGUCCUAUUGCAGCGUUUCCCAAACUGUGUUCCGCACGAUGUGAAUAGGUGUUCUAUGAAAGAAUCGUAAUUAAAAAAAAGCGUCUUUAAAUUUUUUUUAAUUCUAAAUUUUGCAUAUUUGAAGCGUAGUUUACAACUCUUUUUGAAUGACUAUAAUUUAACAUAAAACUUUUUCCGGUUAUUGAUAGAUCUUGUAUUGAAUAUCAUGGCGUAAAAUUAUAUUUGAGCAUAAAUAAUGCAAUUUUUUAUUUGAAAAUGAAACUACUACAAAAUAAUAUUGUAAGUGUUCCGUAAUAGGCUAAAAAGUGUUUCGUGGCCAAAGAAGUUUGGGAAACGCUGUCCUAUUGUAAUAAAGAGGGCUACUCACAGACCAAUGUACGACUCCAUGGAAAUUAGGUUGGCAGAAUAAGGCCCUAUAUAAACAGAUGACUUUGGAAACUGAACAACUGGAAAAUAGCCUAGUGUUGGUAUUUUCUUACCAUUGCUUUUAACUUGUUUCCCUGGCCACUUGGUGGUCCUGUUUCAUCACAUUCUAACCUUAAGCAAAGGGAAAAAGACCUGACUUGUCAAGUUAUAUGUCUAUUCUUCAUAUUAAUAUGUUUCUGUAUUAUUUCUACAGUAUAUUAACUUAUUCUCGAGAUGGAAACACCAUUGUUAGACAAAUCAACAUCACCGUGCAGUACUCCAAAGGACUGUGGGACACUAGCUCCUCAGAGCAGUGGCUCAGGGAAAAAGCCAAUGAGCACAACACUUAAGGAGCGAUUAAAGAAAGCAAGACGUUCGUUUAAUUCCAGUUUCACUGUGGCAAAACGCCUUAAAGUAGAUAUUGAAGAAAAAGAUUACAGUACUUCUGAAGAAGGGGCUCUGUUGGCAAAAGGAGCCUGUUCUAGAUUACAAGAUAGUUGUGAAAUCCUGGAGAAGAACUGUGCUGCAGAUAUAAGUUUGAGUAGUCCUUUACAGGAGAGACAUUGCUGUAGAUUUGUUCAGAAUUCUCCACACUCUGUGGUGUUGGGGGCUGACCUUAGUCAACAAGAACUACUGGAGGAAAAAUUAAGAUUGCUGAAGCAGGUCCAAGAGAAGGAAGAGCUGCUUCGAAGACUCAAACUGGUCAAGAUGUACAGGUCCAAGAAUAACCCAUCAGAAUUGCAGUCUUUGAUAACGAAAUGGAGAUGCAGCACCCAGUUGAUGCUUUAUGAACUCCAGUCAGCUUUGUCUACAGAUGGCAGUAAACUGAGCCUCACUCUGUUGAUAGACAAUUUUGGAUUAGAAGACAAGUUACUACACUACAGCAGAGCAGAAGAUGACUUUACAGAUAUGUAAUUUACCAUUACAAAGGUCUCGGUUAUAAAAAAAAAGUCUUCAGAAAAGAUUAAAUAUCAACUGAUUGCAUCAUAAGUAUUAAACCAUCAUGAUAGUUUGUUUCAGUAGUGGAUUGUUGUAAUAGACUGUGCUUAUGUAGUUUUCUGGAAAGGAUUAUCUCUUGACUUAUAUGAUAGAAACUUAUUUACUGAGAAAAUUGCCAUUAGUGAAAUGUGAAAAUGAAAUCUAGUAAUAUUGUAAUUAAGCAGCGGGCUGUAUCUUCUCAUAUCAUUUUUACAUUGUACAUUCUCGUUUGAUAUAAUGGGGUCAAGUUAACUGUUUUUUUCUAGUUAAGACUAAGAUGUCGAGGAAUUCAACACAUACAUAUUCUGGAAGUUUCUUCAGUUUGCUAGUCAAUUGAUGCGAGCUUUCUAAGGGUUAAGUUCAGGUGUAAUCACAUUGCAUAUUCUCAAUUACUGAAGCAUAUUGAGGUUUUUGUGCAUGGCUUUAUUUCUUGUGAUACUAGAAGCAAUACAUAUUCUAUGGUGCUUAACAAAAACAGAACUGUGUCUAAUAUGUUUAAAUGGCUGCAUUUAAUUGACAUUUCUGCAAUUAUUCUUAGUAAAUCCCAAAGCCAUUUUCAUCUU